GAAAGGGACGAGAGUUGCCGAAUGUGUACUGAUCGUCACGGUGCGAAGGAAGUGUUCAGUGUCACAUGUCUGAGGUUAGGCAACAAGCCAAGGGAGUCUUCACCGCUUUCAAUACUCACGACUAGCAGUGUUGCAGUAGCAGGACUGGACAUAGGCCUGCUUCCACCGUGUUGUGGCGAGGUUGUUGGACUGGGGACUGGGGACUGGGGACCGUCAGUGUUUAAGUCAGGUUGUCGCCGCCUGGGGACACUGGCGACCCGGAUCUGUGGACAGUGGGUGGAGAAACCCGAUCCGGGUGAGAUCGACAAGCAGGUGCCACUCUCAGGAUGGAGGCUGCGGCAGGAGGGGCGACCGGGAAGGAGAAGCAGGACGCAGGUCCAGCCACUAACUGCAUAUUCUGCAUGACUGACCCAUCUGGAAGGAAAGGGUGGGAAACACGGUGGCUCGUCACAGCCGUGCCCGACAAAGUGAUGUCUCCACCGCCCGUCAGCGCAUUCACAGAGCUAGGCUCUCAGAUGAAGGAACAAUUCCUUGCUUCACUGGUCGCUGCCUGGAAGGGAAGCAUGGUGUUCUGUUUUGUACACCAGUCCCAGGAAGAUGCUAUAAAUAUGAUAAUAAGGCACUCCGAGGUGAAGCGGGUCAUCCUACACUUCCUGCAGACAGUGGACCCAUCAUUGAGGGACAUUCGGAUGGAGGUUGAACUGCGGGAGUUGGGUCGGCCAGCGGAGCAGACAGCACAGAAGUCAGCCUCCAGUAACCCGAGCGAGAGGGAAGCAGGGAGCCCUGGAACUUCCCAGGAGUCUGAUCUUCCCGCCACCAGCAGGGAGGAGGAAACACAGGAGUCUGGGACCCCCCUAGGACGGAGCUCUGACACACCAGCGACACCGACCCCCACAUUCAGAGACCCCAAGGCAGACUCCGACCUCCAUGAAGCCUGCUGGAAGGGGGACCUGGCGGCUGUGCAGCGGAUCCUGACGGCAGGUCGGGCCGACAUUAACUGUAGAGACGAGAGUAAGGGGACACCGGUUAUAGGGGCAGCACGGGGGGGACACAGAGAAGUAGUGGAGUUCCUUGUGAGUGAAGGAGCUGAUGUGUCGCUGGUGGACUGUGACGGUAACAACACCCUUCACUUCGCAUGUAUGGCUGGAGAUGUAGAGAUGGUGAAGUUUGUCCUGUCACUGAACGUGGUGGUCAUCGACACCAGGAAUAACUACUGGCAGACAGCGACCGACAUGGCGAGACUCUGGGGACAUCAGCUCGUGAUGGAUCUGCUGGAGUCCCGUGGCGCUUAGUGACGUCGGUGUUUGUGUACACGCUGAAGGAGGACAUGUUGUUACUGACAGUGACAUGGUGUGUGCUGUUCAAAAUCGUCAUGAGUUAUAUUUCAGGCUUAAGGUGUAAAUGUUUGUUUAAGUGUAAAUGUAGAUGCUGUGUGAUUACUGAUUGGUAUGUAAAGACUACAUCUUGUGAUAUAAAUCUGUGUCAAUUGUG